AUGGCGAUCAAUCUUCGCCGCCUAUUCACCUCUAUAAUCGAGCUAUCCGAACCUCCAAGAGUAUCGCUAUCGUACGGCAGGCCCGAGUUUUGUUGCUCAACGAGUCGGCUCAUUUACUCGUCGACUCAGCGAGAACAAACUCAUCAAGAGAACCCUAACAAACAAGAGGGACAGGUCUUGGACCACCAAGAGAAGCUUGGAAGUGAAGAGGAGGACGUCAGCAACGGUGAUGUUGAAGAUGCGGAUGACGAGGAUGUGAAUAAAGAAACCGGUGAGAUCGGAGGUCCUAGAGGUCCCGAGCCUACCCGCUUUGGCGAUUGGGAACGAAAUGGUCGGUGCUCUGAUUUUUGA